UAAUGGAUAGACGGAAUACGAAACAAAUGUCUAAGAAAAGUGUGAUGUCGCCCUUUUAAAAGAGUGCCAAGGGGUGGGAGAGCCAAAGUCAGUGCCACACGAACUCGGCCCCUCCACCAAGGCCCCAGCAAGGACUCUCUUGUCAUCUUAAAAGAGAAUAGCCCUUAAUUACAGCUCCUAACACUUGAAUUAUGCCAAUUCAAUCAUUAAACACAAGUGAGGGACCGAGACCGUGAAGAUUGGUGCCAAAGUCAGUGCCACACGUCCUCGGCCCCUCCACAGAGGCCCCAGCAAGGACUCUCUGGUCGAAAUAAAAGAGAAUAGCCAUUAAUUACAGCCCCUGACAGUUACGUUAUGCCAAUUCAAUCAUUAAAUACAAACGAGACCGAGACCGAGAAGGCUGGUAACUGACUGGUGACCGAUCCUCCGAGGCACCGCCAGGCCCGUGUAGUGCCAAAGAAGCUAAAGCAGACAUAGAUGACUCACUUUACAAGGAAGUCAAGCUAUUAAGGGUUAACAAGCAGCCAUAGGACCAAGAGGAGCCGUAGGGGGAAGGAUGUGGCCAGGGAGGGGGAGGUGGCCGGGCCGAAGUGAGGAAGAAGCAGCAGUGGCCGUGUGGUGGUGCCUCAGCCAGUGUCCCCGGGGCCCCUUCGCCGCUGCUGGUGUCCCCAUGUCCCCGGUGCAAUGGUGAAGUGCUGCUGAAGGGUCAAAAAGCAGCCAUAGCAUCAAGAGGAGCAGUUCAGAAGCAGCAGUGGCCGCGUGUGUGCCCCAGCUAGUGUCCCCAUGUCCCCGGCACAAUGGUGAACUGGUGCCUGCUGCCAGAUCACGUGGUAGAGGUUAUAUUCUCCUACCUGGACGUGCACGACCUGAGGAACUGCUCCCUGGUGUGUAAGAACUGGUACACGUUCCUCAAUGACCAGAACAACGACGUGUGGCGCCUGCACUGCGUCAGGAGGCUGGCCGAGGAGGCGCUCAAGUCGGACCUCCUGGCCUCCGUGCCCACCUACAAGGCAAAGCUGAGGGCGUUUUACCACGCGUGGAACCCCAAUGACUGCUCUAGGAACAUUUACGUGAAGCCAAACGGGUUCACGCUGCACCGGAACCCCGUGGCCCAGAGUACCGACGGGGCCCGGGGCAAGAUGGGGUUCAGGUCGGGGCGGCACGCCUGGGAGGUGGUGUGGGAGGGGCCCCUGGGCACGGUGGCCGUCAUCGGCAUCGCCACCAAGGACGCGGCGGUGCAGUGCCCGGGCUACGUGGCGCUGCUGGGCUCCGACGAACACUCCUGGGGCUGGAACCUUGUCGACAACCACCUCCUGCAUAACGGGGACUCACAGGGGAACUACCCGCUGCUGAACAAUGCACCCAAGUACCAGGUGGGAGAGAGAAUACGAGUAAUACUGGACUGUGAUGACAACACGUUAGCGUUCGAGAAAAAUUACGAGUUUCUAGGAGUAGCCUUCCGAGGGUUGCCAGAUAAGCAGCUAUAUCCAUCAGUGUCUGCCGUAUAUGGUAACACUGAGGUGUCUAUGGUAUACCUUGGUCCCCCGCUGGAUGGCUGACCCAGCACACCACUAGCACAGACUUUGUUGCCCUGCAGAGUGCAACACACCUCAUUCUUAGCUCUAAACAAGGAAGGUACAGCUCAGGAGUGUUCUGUCUUGUGACCAGGGGGUGAGGUUGCUUCAGGGGAGUGGAGUGGACCUCUAGUCAAAUGUUGCUCUUAUUGGAGGACUCCUCCAUGUGGUAUGGUGUUCCUAGUGCAAGAGUGAGCCAGAGUGUACUUGGAUGGCAAGGAAGUGGUCGGCCCUACAGCAAACACUUUGUGAAGGGUAGUGACAGAACUUCUUAAGGUAUGAAGUGCUUGUUUCUGUGACAUGCAAGCUGUAUAUGCCUUAAUCAAAGUUUUCCACUUGGAACAGACAAAUACCAAGGAGUAAUGAAAAUUUUAUUUAGUGGAAUAUUGUCACUGUGAAACUAUAAUUAUAGUCAAUAAGCAUGACAGACAGAGUUCCCUCUGCUCUACAUGUCACGUGCCUUGGAAAAUAACAUUAUGUGAAACUUUGGGUUUUGUCAGUUUUUAUCAGACUCUGCUUUUCACCUCUUUGUAUUUGAGUAUUUAUAUCUGUAUAUAUGUAGCUAGUAAUGUUAAAAUUUACUCAACUACUGCACUUGGUAGUCACAUUAAACUGAUAACACCUUCAAUUAGAACUCCAUAUUCUCAAGAAAAUUUUUUACCUCAAAGGACGGUGACCGAGUGGUGUUCGUGGGCAAGCACAAGCACGGUGAGGGAACAUUGAUGUGAAGCUCAGUGGUUGUCGGAUGUGACAAUUUGUUGUGGAUUAGCUAGACUUUGGCUGCCACCCCUAAAUUUGUGUAGAAGGUAAGGGAUGUGCUAUUCAAAGGCCAGCAGGUCUGUGCUUAGUAUAAUUCAACCCUAAAUUCCCACCUUUUUGUGUUCAUUGACUUGUGCUCUAAGAGUUACAACUUCUAGUCAUUUGAUAGCCUAGAGCAGCUGUGGUUAUGUGGGCUGUUGGUGUACGGCAUGUUGUGAGUACAGUGGGGUCAGUAUUGUCUAGGCAUUUAUGGUUUGUGAAUUUACCAAAUAUGUUUUUAACCUUGCAGUAUAUGUGUUGUCUAAUUGGAAUAAACAAAAGAAUCAGCUGUGCUGUAAAUGUAAUCUUAUGGCAUUGUUUAAGUUAUGUCACUGCUACUUCUUCAACUCAGUUCCUCUCCAUUUAUAUUAUUACAAUUUGUUUAUACAGAUAUAUAGUUUAUAAAGACAUAACCAUGGUGCUUUCCAGUAACAUUCCAGUCCACUUCAUGGAUGAUUACAUUCUCAACCAUUUCCCUGAAGGAUAAGCCACCUGCACAUUUAUAAGUCAGCUAAAUAAGCCAAUGGCAGCUUCAAGUGAUGGCUGAGGCAGAGCAGCUUGUUUGCUGCUGGUUUUGCUCUCCCUUCAGUGUUUUAUUUAUAGUAUUCUCAUCAUGGAAUCACAGGUUUUGUUUUGUUUUUAUAUACAAACAGUUGACAAUGCAUUUUAUCAGGGUUUGUGAGAAUUGCUUAAAGUCUUAUUAUAUUUUGUUGACCUACACUGUAAUUUGUUUUAAUGGGUUUUAAGUAGGUAAUUUUUAAGGAAAAACAUAAGUACUUUUAGUAAGGAGUGCGAGAGCCCUCCUCUGCAGUGGAUGUUGCCGACACGUGAGGGGAAGUUAUUUAUCUUGGUGAAGGAUGAACAAGUACAACACACACAACUCAGUGCAAUUACUAUUUACAUGUAAGGUAACCCAAGCUACUGUUGCUUGUUUAUUGUGAUUAUUCAAAACUGACUGUCUGUGGCCCUCUGUCCUGAGGGAUCACAAGGCCACCUGCAGCCUCUACACCCUGCAUUGGUGUCCUGGGACUCAACAUUGUUUGCUCAGUCAUAAGCAUUUUCAUUUUUGUUACUGCCAGUCACUUAGGUUGUCAUGCUAUUGUUGAUCCUGGCAUCGCCCGUCACUUGAGUGUUUACAAUUCGGUUUCACCACUCAUUUGAGUUGUUAUGCUUCUUUUAUUCCAAGUUUCAUUAGUUGUUGAGUUGCUAGCCCAUGUGUACCAAGUCAUUUCACUGUGUCAUGCCCCUUUCUUCAGUCACCAGUUGUUGCAUACUACUUAUUGGCAUCAUCAUUCAGCUGAGUUGUUAUACUUACUGGUCUGGUCACCAUUCCAUUCACCUCAGUUGUUAUGCUUAUACUGUUCCGGGCACUGCCAGUCCAGGCACCUGAGAUGCUAUGCCUCCUGGCUCUGGUACUGUCAGUCUCAAGUUGUUACGCUUUGCUGCCAUGCACUAGUUAGUUCAUUGCAUUGUUCAUUUUCUUUGCCCAUUACCAGUUCAUUUCCUUGGUUGUCAUACUUCUAAUCAUUUUGAUUAAUUUAACUUGAUUGUUAUUGUUCAUGAAUAUGUAUAUACAGCUGUUAUGCCCUUUGUCCCGCAGUCAGUUUUGAAAGCAUUCAUAAUGCUUGAAUGAUUCAGGUUUCAUGUGUCAAAGUUGAAUGUAAGAAAUAUUUUAUUUGUUAGAGAAUGCACUCACUCACUCUUAACUUCCUUCAUCAGUAAUGCAGUGCUGUGUCAUCAUAAAACAUGAAUAUGCACAUGAAAAAUUAGAUUUAAUGUCAUCCUCAUCUCUGGAUCAAUUUUAAGAAUAAAUUUCAUGUACACAUUACUUUUCAUAUGGCAAGGUACGAUUGGAUUAUCAUAUACUGUAUUUUAUGAGUAUAUAAUUUUGAUUACAUUGGUAUUCGAUUGCACAAUCAACCAUAAUCUACAUACUGAGUGUCAUUGAGUCUAGUGCUGUUUUCUUCCAGGAGUGAGUAUUUUGAGGGAACAUAACUUGAGUCCAGUAAUCAUGGAAUACUCAACUCUUCUGAUCUGACUUAAAUGUUUUUGUAUUGUCUACAAAAAAAUUAAACUGAGGGAGUGAG